UUUUGGCCAAUUAGUUGAUUAGAAACGCUUAAAGAGGAUACAUACCGUCGGAUUGAAGUGACCAUUCAAUUGAAACGAAAGAAAGAAAGAAAAUACGAGAAUGGGUUGUGCUACAGUUACAAUAAAAUAUACCGUAUUUUUAUUCAAUACGCUAUGUGCGCUUUUGGGUAUUGGCACAAUUGUCGUAAAUUGCUUGGCAUUGAACAACUACACCGAUGAGGGUCGCCUGCUCUGUAUCUUUUGGAUUGUCUUAGGAGCUAUUGUGUUUUUGGUUUCGUUCUUCGGUUGCUGCGGUGCAAUUCGUGAGAACAUCUGUUUGACGUGGUCGUAUGCCUUCUUUUUGGUGCUCUUGAUAACCGGCAAUGCCAUUCUGCACUUUGGUUACAUUUCACACAUCGAUGGUGAGACAAAGGCUCGCAAGGAUAUUGACAUGGCUUGGCAAUUGCAGAUGAAUGGCACCGAUGCCAUGUCGCAAAUUCAAAGUACUUUGUCCUGCUGUGGUAAAAUGAACUCGACUGAUUACACCACUGCCAAUUUGACCAUACCCGAUAGCUGUUACUCGAAUGGAAAUGUUGGAAAUACCACAGCUAUUUAUCCUGAUGGCUGCCUUUACAAAUUAAUUGCCGUUUAUGAAGCUGCCGAACACUGGAUAACCAUUUUCAGCUGGUCCACUCUCAGUGUGGAGGCUGUAGCAUUUGUAUCUGCUUGCAUCUUGGCCAUUACGUUCCGUAAUCAAGAGCGUAGAUCUAGAUAUUAGUUUGGAGAACAAAUCGAAACUGAAGAAAUUUUAUUUUGCAGCAUUUCAAAAGAAUUUAUUAUUUACUAGCUGGCCCGGUCCGCGUUGCCGGCCCUUACUUUUAAUCUUUAAUGCAUAUUUUUUUAAGCAUUAUAGAAUUAUGAAAGCGGCAAAAUUUUUAUUAUAAGUAAAAUAACUCCAUAGUAAUUUCUAAAUAGAAAUAAACAUUCAUGGGAAAAAUUAUAAUAGAUAAUAA